AUGCCAGCUGUGACCCGGGCUAAAGAGGAUUCUGAAUCCCCCUCAGAAGAUGAGCCAGAAGACCAUCCAUGCAUUGCCUGGUGUGGUAGCAGUAGGAGGAUCCCUGUCCUGCUGUUCUAUGCCGAAGCCAUUGUUUCUGAAGAUCCAAACACACGCUGUGUCGGAGAACGAUACAAGUUGGCCUUUAAGAUUGUGCGCACAGAGAGUCGGCUUGUGCGUGGAAUACUCGUUAAUCAUGGAUUCCAUGAGGUUCACCAAAACAGUAGUGACUUUAAUCUGAUGUGGACAGGCUCCCACCUCAAGCCUCACCUGCUUCGCAGUCUGCAGGACUUUCAAAAGGUCAACCACUUCCCCAGGUCGUACGAGCUGACGCGAAAAGACCGGCUCUACAAAAACAUCCAGCGGAUGCAACAGGCUCAUGGUUUUCAAAACUUCCACAUCGUCCCCCAGACCUUUGUACUUCCUGCAGAAUACCAGGAAUUCUGCAGCUCCUUCAGUAAGGACAAAGGCCCAUGGAUCAUCAAACCUGUAGCAUCUUCCAGAGGCAGAGGCAUCUAUCUGGUCAGCAGUCCCAGUCAAAUCCCACUGGACGAAAACAUCCUUGUUUCACGCUACAUUAACAACCCACUUCUGAUUGAUGAUUUUAAGUUUGAUGUCCGACUGUACGUGGUGGUGUCCUCAUAUGACCCUGUGAUUAUUUAUCUCUAUGAGGAAGGACUGGCUAGGUUUGCGACUGUGAAGUACGACCGCGCUACCAAAAACAUUAAGAAUCAGUUCAUGCAUCUCACUAAUUACAGUGUCAACAAAAAGAGCAAUGACUACGUCAGCUGCGAUGACCCUGAAGUAGAGGAUUAUGGGAACAAAUGGAGCAUGAGUGCUGUGCUGAGGUAUUUGAGGCAGGAAGGCAAAGACACAACAUUGCUAAUGGCUCAGAUAGAGGAUCUGAUUAUUAAAGCUGUGCUGAGUGUCGAAAUGCAGAUCGCUGCAGCAUGCAAGAUGUUCGUCCCUCACAGAGGCAACUGCUUUGAGCUGUAUGGUUUUGAUGUACUUAUUGAUUCCAGUCUCAAGCCAUGGCUCCUUGAAGUCAACCUUUCACCAUCCCUGGCUUGUGAUGCACCGAUUGACCUGAAGAUUAAGGCAAGCAUGAUUUCAGACAUGUUUUCUCUUGUGGGCUUUGUGUGCCAGGACCCUCUGCUUCGACAGCUGCGAUCUGAUCGAGCUGGGCUUGACCUGGGUCUGAAGAACCAAAUCCGUAAGAGGCCACUGUCUGCCAGCAACAGUGACAUGGAGGGACAGAAAGAGAAACACGGAAGCAAACAUGCAGAAAGCACGUUGGGCCUGACUGCAGAGGAGAUGAAAGUCCUCAGGCAGAUACAGGAGGAGUAUGAAAGAAGAGGCGGAUUCAUCCGGAUCUUUCCAACUCCGGAAACUUGGGAACUGUACAGUGGUUACUUGGAGUACAAGACAUCUAUGAAUUCCAUGUUGGCUAAUCAUCUUUUCCAUGGAAGGAAGAAACAGAAAGGUAAUGUACCUUUGGAGGUGGAAAGUAUCCAAAGUUGCCAUGUCAUACAGUAUGAGAGGAAAUUGCUAACUCUGGAGGCACGGAGGCGAAGACAGAGACACCGGGCCGAACAUGCAGGAAUUAGAAGAAAGAAACCAGGUAAAGGACCUAAGACAUCUUCCCCAGACUGUAGUGAGGAUGAUGAGGGACAUGAGGAAGAUGAGGAGCAAAGGCCAGAGGAAGAGGAAUUUCGGAAGAGACCGUCUGAAUCAUACUCAUGUCAUACAGCAACCGUGGCACAGAGUGGCACUACCACAACCUCUGUCAAAAUGCUCCAGAAAGAAGCGCCACCAACAGACAGUCCUGCCAAAAUCACCAAAUCCAAAGUCAACUUGCUUCACAUUCUUCAGCAGGGCUGGGAUCUCAGUAAAGUGCAGGCACGAAUGGCUUUUUCCUCCUACCUGCACCGGGUCCAGAUGAGACUGCUUACAGAGAGCAGAACAAACAGUAGCUCAGCCUGGCCGGAGAAGGACAGCGCCCAAAUGGAGUUAGUUAUCCGUUUCCUGAAGCGAGCUGCAGGUAAUCUUCAUCAGGACAUGAGGGUAGGGGUGCCCAACAGUGAGCUGCCCUUGUGUGACCGUCGGCGCAUUCUGUCCCACCAACUGGGAGAAUUCAUCCACUACUACAACAAGGAGACAGAGCAAAUGGUGAAGAAACUAGACAGGUUUAAAGAGGAGGAUCGAUGCAUCAACCCAAAUGUGUUUCAGGAGUUUAUCUUGGAGGCCAGUGAGAUUGAUUUAGAAGAGGUCCUCACAUUUUACACCCAUAAAAACAAGUCAGCCAGUGUAUUUCUGGGGACCAAAUGUUGGAGCACCGAAACAGCUCCUUCAACAACCAAGGAGAUGUCUAGCGCCUCUGAUUCCUCUCCAAUCAGCAAGACACAGAAUGAAGACACCCGUAUUGCUGCAGCUGAAAUGGUUGACCACAAAAUUUGUACAACCAAAAGUGCUGACAGUAAAUGUAUUACCUCACCCCGAGAAGGUAAAAGACACAACCAGCCUCUAAAUGGAGAUGUGAAAAGCCAUGAAGUUCAAAAUGGAGACUGUAAACCAACCAAAAUCCAAAGUAAUAGCAAAAUCCAAAGUAAUAGCAAAACUAAAACUGGAGAACUGAAAAUCAACAAAAUCCAGUCACCAGCUGUCAAAGUCAGUGGUGAGAUACAGCCAGGAUUCCACAAAGGUGUCAAAGCCCAACCUGGAGUCCUGGGCUCCCAGCAUACCUCUCUUUACCCUGCAGCCUUAGACUGUGAACACAUCCAUCUACAGCACUGUGCUCCUUCAUGCAUAACUGAAAGCCAGUCAUUGCUCCAACCUCCACCUUAUCCUCACCCUCCUCCUCAUCCGCUUUCUGAACGGCAAAACAAACUAGACUCCUCCUUGUCAUCGUCAUCCACAAAUGUCCCAGUGGGUCCACGUGUUAUAUGGACUUCUACCCAUCCUGCCAGUGCAACGAUGCCACCUGUUUCUGAGUCUCAACAGCGGACUCAGGCCUCCCGUUUAAUGCUGGCAACCACCAAUGCAUCAUCUGUGCUAACGUCAUCUGUUCCAAGCGCCGUGCAUAUCUACAGCCAGAGACUGUCUCGCCCCACCUCUGCAGGUCAAGUAAUCCGUAAAAACAGUCCGGUUAAAUCACGGCCCGGUUCUGCUGGAGUGCCUAAGGAACUGGACUCUCUAUCAGCCCAGGCCCAGUCUAACCAGAAGGCUAUAGUAUCUGCCCUGCAGAAGCUGGUGGAGAAACAGGCAGCUCACCAGUACAACACCUCCAGUCACAUAAGCCUUCUCACACAGCAUUUGACCAAUCUGAAUUUGACCAAUGGCAUUCUAAGCAGAGGGGGUCUGUCUCUGAACCGAGGGGUCCAGCAUGGAAGAGAUAAACCAAGUCAGUCUGAUACAGACCCCGCUACCGCCAAGGGAUCUGCGUCUGAUGACAAGAGUGUCCAUGACCGAGAGGUCCAAAACGCAUAUAACCUGAUCAGCGGUGUGUUUCCUCAGCCCAGCUACCAGCCCUCCACAGGCAGUUACCAGCUUCAGUUUGCAAUCCAGCAGCUGCGGCAGCAGAAACUCCAGUCCAAACAGCUGCUGGACCAGAGCCGCAGUCGACACAGGGCUAUUCUGGCAGCACAUACUCUAUCUGCUCCUGAUGUGGUGUCAUGUACCCCGGCUUCCAUAUCAAGUCCCCAAAUGAGCCAUGGACACGGACACCCUGUCAUCCAGAACCAGAUGACCCAGGGUCAGACUAAACCCCAGAGCCAUCCCCAAGGGGGCACCUUUCUGGCUCCUAAGCCUCCUAGCAGCACCCCCAAAGAUGGCUUUUCACGGAAAACAGCCACGCAUCGUCUCAACAAGCAGAUACCAUCUGAGAGUCCACCAAGCAGCAGUGGACCCAGCGCACACAUAGUAUAUGACACUAUGUGUGGGAAAACAGACCUCCAGCCCUGCUGA